GAAGCGGCGGAUUUGACUGACGGACUGACUGACUGAAGUCACACGGACCGACUGACGGACUGACUGACGGACUGACCGCAGCGUGAGAGCGCGCAGGAACGCGCCAGGAUCAGACUGACGCUGGAAACAGAGAUUACUCCCUCUUGCGCAUUUUUACAGGCACGUGUUUAAUUUCCCUGAAGUGCACACCGUUUAGGCAUCAGUGGCUGCUAUUUAAGAUGCUUUGGUCCUGACAUCGGACGUGGAGGUAACCCCACGUUGUCCACACCCCAGAGUGGAGAUGGUACACUGUACCGUGCUGUGGGGGACAUGUGCAUGGCUCCCGACUGUGUUGACCAUGGCUGUGGCCAGCUGUCCCUCACUGGCCCUGAGUCCUGUCAACUAUUCUGUGGUUUACACCAUGCCCUUCUUCCAGGCCCAAGGCCACAUCCAGAACAUUGUCAACAACUCAUAUUACCAGGAGGUGUAUGUAGCAUCUAAGAACGUGAUAGAAGCUGUGAACAGAAGCUUGGAGAAGGUGUGGGAGCUGCGCACUGGGCCAGUUGGAAGCCCGCAGUGUCAGAUAUGUCAUUUAUGUGACAUUGACAAGGACCCUAAAUUCCUGGAGGACACAAACAAUCAGAUAUUGUUGUUGGAUACACUAUUUAUGUAUUUAUAUUCAUGUGGAAGCUCUCAGUAUGGCGUAUGCUACUUCCACCAACUUAACCCAAACAAAGAGCCGCCUUCUCUUUCUAAGUGUUUGUUCCGGAGGGAUUCAAACUCUGCUGCCUACUGUCCUGACUGUGUGGCCAGUCCUCUUGGAACUAAAGUCACCAUGGUUGAAGAAGGUCAAACUGUCUACUUCUUUGUUGCAACGACUGUAAAUGACAGUGUUACCCAGCGUUACGGCAGGAAGUCUCUGUCGGUCCGUCGGCCGCUGGCCACUGAAGACGGUUUCUACAGUGACGUGCGAGGCCUCACGGUCCUUCCUGGUCUUCGGAGAACGUACCAUAUUAAAUACAUCUACAGCUUUUUCACGCAGGAGUUCGUCUACUUCCUUUCUGUCCAAAGAGAGAGCCCUGAUCAGGACUCGUCUCCAUUCCAGACUCGCCUGGGCCGUCUCCCUCGGAAUGAAUGGGAGAUGAAGAGGUAUCGCGAGGUGAUCCUGGAGUGUCGCUUUGAACCGAAGCGUCGCAGGAGAAAUGUGGCCAGUGAGCCUUAUAAGGACGUUGUGUACAACGUGAUCCAGGCUGCUCAUUUUGGAAAAGCAGGCCGGGAGCUGGCAGAGGAGUUAGGUGCAGAGGAAGAGGACGAGAUCCUUUACGGGGUUUUUGCAGUGACUGGUGACAGUGGGGUCACAGAGCAUGACUCAGCACUGUGCGCCUUCCCAAUGGACAAUGUGAACAAAGCAAUCGUGGAUGGGGUCGAUGACUGCUGUGAAUCUGGACCAGAGCAGCUCUCCAGAGGACUCUGCCAUUUCCAGUCCUGUGAGAGCUGUCCACAUGAGAGCAUGGAGAACAAUGCCACAUGCAGAGACCAUCCCACCAUGGUGUCGAAGCCCUACUACAGAGUCGACCUCUUCAACAGACAGAUGACAGAUGUGCUGCUCACCUCUCUGCUGGUCACGACGAUAGAGAACAAGACUGUGGCACAUAUUGGCACUUCAACUGGACGCCUGCUACAACUGGUGUUGACCAGAUCCAGUCCUAUUAUUUUUGCCAAUUAUUCUUUGGAGGAGAACCAGAGAGUCUCAUCCAUCGCUGCUGUUUACUCCUCUGAGUAUCUUCUGUUUGUGGUUGGAGAUAAGAUGAUUCAGGUGCCACAGAGAGGACCAGGCUGCCAACACUUCCUGACCUGUGCCAUGUGUCUAACAGCUCCUAAGUUCAUGGGCUGUGGCUGGUGCUCUGGCACCUGCUCCUGGGAGAGUGAAUGUCAUAGUCGCUGGAGGAACGAGUCCUGUCCUCCUGGAAUUGCUGGGUUCUUCCCACGGACUGCUCCUCCUGACGGUCAAACAGAGCUCACAGUGUGUGGAUGGGAGUUCCAGUCGCCUUUAAGACCCACCAUCACCUCCAGGACACACCUGGUGCGACUGGGACAGACCGUGUGUACUGUGCAGCCGGUCAAAAGCAACAACACACACUUGGUGUGUAAGAUUCGCUCUGGGGCCACUGAACUGUCCAAACCAGUCAAAAUUACUGUGGAAGUGAAUGAGGGCAAGAUGGAGGGACGCUACUUCAUUGAAGGGAAAGCGGAUAUGCCAGGGUUCAAAUUUGUGAUUCCAAACAUCACAGAAAUCCAACCCAACUAUGGGCCUCGUGUCGGGGGCACACUCAUCACAGUGACUGGGCCUCACUUGAAUGCUGGGAAGAGCAGAAAAGUCACUCUCAACGACAUGCCCUGUCCAAUCAAGAGAGUCACAAAGCCCAAAGGAAAUGUGUCGUCCAUCAUCUGUCAGUCCCAGCCCAUCUCAGAGGUGAGGGACGUCCCUCUGAGUGUCUUCAUUGACAAGUCUCCUGUCCUCACCACAAAGGUGUUUUACUACAAAGAAAAUCCGAAGAUUACAGCUGUGAUGCCUGACUGCAGCUUUGAGAGGUGUCUCAACUGUAGAGGAUCAAAGAUUGUGAUUGAAGGGCAGAACCUGGAUUCUGUGUAUCGCACCAUCAUCCGCUUUAAGCCCAAUGAGAGCCACCUGAAGCCUGUGACCAGGGAAUGCAUAGGAAAGUCCUUCCCUACAAGGAUGGAGUGUGUCACCCCAGUGUUCCCCAGGGAUGAGACAGAGAAGGGGGAGCUUUCUUUUGACAUGGAUGGUGCAGUGGCUUUGUGGAACAAAGAGUUCUCCUAUCACCCAUACGGCAAGCCCAUCCCAUUUGAAACAGAGGGGCGUGUUCUUAGUUUGUACCCUGGCUUUGAUGAAGUGUCACUGCAUCACCAGAAGCUCAACCUGGUGAGCUCCUGCAUGGCCAUCAUCAUGACAGUGGCAGGUGUCGACUGUGAUGCUAAAGUCCUGGAUAAUGAGAUUACAUGCAGGAUUCCUAAAAACAUGACCAUCCCCAGAGAGGGGCUUCCAGUCAAGAUCUCCAUCAAUGGCCAAGUCCACAAUGUUGGUACAGUGGUGAGAGUGAGUAACCACUACAUGGUGGGGAUUAUUCUGGGGAUCCUGGCGGCUCUGGUUGCUGGAGCAGUGCUGGCUUUCAUUGUAAUGAAACACCUGAGGAAGAAGAAGAAAGCCUCCAUGGUAGAGACCCGUUUGUCCCACAGUGCCAACCGCUCUGGACUAAAUAAUGUGGAUGUGUCUCCUGCUGGUGACUACAGGAGAGUAUCCCUGAGUCCUUCCUACUCUGUGGGCAGUGGUCAGAUGGUGUUCCCCAGGCCUGCAUAUGCUGCAGGCAGCAUAGAUGCUACGGUCAUUCCCCUCGUACCUCCAGAAAAAAUAUCCAUCUCAAGUUUUAGACCAGAGCUGCUGGAGGAGGUGAAGGAUGUUCUUAUUCCUGCGGAGAUGCUUAUUGUGCAGCAUCAUCGCAUCAUAGGGAAAGGUCAUUUUGGCACCGUGUAUCACGGCUACUUCACGGACCAGAGCAACAGAGACAUCCACUGUGCUGUCAAGUCUCUCAACAGAAUUACAGAUGUGGAGGAGGUGGAGCAGUUUCUGAAAGAAGGUAUCAUCAUGAAGGGUUUCCACCACAGCAACGUGCUCUCUCUGCUGGGCAUCCUGCUGCCACAGGAAGGGCUCCCUCUAGUGGUGCUGCCUUACAUGAAGCACGGGGACCUGCGGCACUUUAUCCGCUGCGAGAAGAGGAACCCUACUGUAAAGGAUCUGAUCGGCUUUGGGCUUCAAGUUGCAAAGGGGAUGGAGUACUUGGCCCAGAAGAAGUUCGUACACAGAGAUCUUGCAGCACGCAACUGCAUGCUGGACGAGUCGUACACAGUGAAGGUGGCCGACUUUGGGAUGGCCAGAGAUGUAUUUGAUAAGGAGUAUUACAGUGUUCAGGACCACAGGAAGGCUAAGCUACCUGUCAAAUGGAUGUCCAUUGAGAGUCUGCAGACGCAGAAAUUCACCUCAAAGUCAGAUGUGUGGUCCUUUGGUGUGCUGAUGUGGGAGAUGUUGACCAGAGGAGCGAGCCCCUACCCAGAGGUGGACCCUUAUGACAUCACACAUUACUUACUGAAGGGCCGACGGCUGCCCCAGCCUCAGUACUGCCCUGACCCUCUGUACAGCAUCAUGCUCCAGUGCUGGGACCCGGACUCAGAGCUGAGGCCCAGUUUCGCUACAUUAGUGUCGUCCAUCUCCACUAUCUUGUCAGGACUGGAGGGGGAACACUACAUCAGCCUCAACGUAACCUACGUCAACUUGGACCAGCCACGGCCGUACCCAGCCCUUACAGAGUCUGCUGAUGAGUAUGACUCAAUAGAUGUCUUAGACUCAGGCUCAUUCUCCCCCUGAUCCACUGAUCCUCACAUUUCUAUCUAAUUGGCAUAUAAAAAAAACUUCUCUGGGCCACAGCAACUUCGUUCACCGCAGCAAAGCUAAAGAUGUACAUGUUGAGUCUGCAUGGAAGUGGUCGUCAGAUUCUUUGAGGUGACUUUGAUAACAUUCAGCCAUAUUGGUAAUGGAGGAUUGUCUUAUUUUCAGCAGUGCAUUAAAAAAAACUGAAUAAAAACGAAAUGUUUUCAAGAUCAGUUCAUUUUUUUAUGUUAUAUUUUAUUAAAAUAUAAAAAAAAUUUGCAGCACUAACUUAGUUUAGCCCAAGACAUCAUGACAUGACAGAAAAAAAACAAAGCCGAAUCCUGAAUUGAUCAACAGAUUAUCCAGAUUAACAAAAGCAGGGUACAACUUUUCAAACACAAUAUUGUACAACUGGCAAUAAAAUGUCAUGACUGAAACAGACAUUUUACAUUGAUCUUAUGGAUUUCAAGUUUUGGUUAAAGCCGUGGUUCUCAAACUGGUACGCGUACCACCAGAGAAAGCUUGUGUACCAUCCCGAUUAAAAAUACCGUUCGGCCCUAAACCCGUGUGUGAAGAAUAUUGGACGGCCUACAGCGCUGUUGUAUUUUAAUGUGCUGAAGUAGUAAUGGUGUUACUUUGAGAGCUCAGUAUUUCCUCGGUUGGUGUUUGAUAUAAAACGUUUGACAACAAAUGAAUUAAAUUAUUGAGAAGAGUCACUUAAAUCACAGCUGUUGUGACAUUUAGUGACAAAAAGCUUUAUUUGAACUCUAACCCAUGCACCAACUACACACUGUUACAGUAACACAGGUGAUGUAUAUGAUUAUGUUUCCUUAAUUCUUUUUCAUCAUAUUGAUUGUUCUGUAUAUACUGGAUCAUACAUGGUUCUGAAAUAAAUAUGACACAAUGUCUUUAAAAUAGUGAAAUAAAUGUAAAUAUUUGUUUGUUUUGUCACAAAUAACUAUGCUUGCUAUAAAUGUGUUAAAAGAUGCAUAUUUGCAGUUGAAUUCAUAUUUUAUUUGACAUACAGUGACACAUUUUUGUAGCUCUUAUAUGAAUAAACAGACCUCACUCUCCA